UCCUAACCAUAGAUGAAGACAAGUCAUCCUAACCUGAACAAUUUGUCUUUUUUGGCCUUUAUUUGUCGCAAAGUUCGAUAUAAGUUCUUCAAAAAUUCGCAAACAAUCCCAAAGAAUGCCCUCGGGCGCUAGAAGGAUCUCUCGACCCGGUCGCGCUGGUUCUCAUGGAGACCCUGGAGCGAGUCGAAGUGCACCGAUAGUUCCCCUUUUGGAGCCUCCAAGUCUCCCCAAACACUUUCCAUUUCCUAUUUCAUCUAACAGUAGUGAUUUAAUUUUUGAUGUUAUAUUAGUGCUGUAUGCUAUAGUGGCAGCGGCACUACAAUUUUUGUAUCUCUACCGGUCAGUGUGGUGGUUGCCCAACAGUUAUACGCAAAGUACAAUGAUUGGAAUGAAAAAAAUUCAAAGUAUUUGAACAUGACUCAGCAUGAACGUUUUUGUCAGGCUCAACUGAAAGUUUGUCUUUUUCUGGAAAAUCAGGAUACAGUUCGUUUAUAUAGCUUUAAAUUGGUCCCAUUUCUAGCCACUUACCUUGGCUGGAACGGAACAAAAUUCCAAGUGUAUAGUCGCUCCAGUUUGGACAUGACGAAUUUUUGAAAAUGACUCAAAAUAAAAUACAUACCUGUUUGGUCAGGGUCAACUGUAAGUUUGUUACUAAUUUCUAUUUGAUUGAUCCAAAUUUAGUCAUAUUGAUUGUUGUGAUAUUUGCGAGACGAAUUUAUUAUCAGGUUGGUUGUCUGUUUAUAUCUAGAGUGUAUUCAAACAAAACUGAAGAAGAGUUAAGUUGUUUUUCCAGGUAUGUUUUAUUAAUAUUUUAUGCUUCAAUGAUCGGCAUUCUAGCAACAAUAGUUUUGGGAAACAGAGAUAAAAUGGAUAUAGUGUAUUUAUUCUAUCCGAUCACACUUUACAUUCCGAUAUUCGGAUUGAAGAUUCGCCCCUUUUUUGAAGUCUCAACGUGGUGCUCAAAUGGCGUUCAACCCUUACAUGCGUGCAGUUCGAAUCCAUCUGAUAUACGAAUUGAAUGCGAACAUUUAAAGGCCAAUUUUUUAGAUCGGCUAAGGCAAAUUUUCUUCACCGCAGCAGUCAACUCUUACUACGGAAGUUUCAUUCCCUGCUGCUUUUCUCAGUCGGAAUUAGUUUAUGAAAGAUAUUGGAACGUUGAACAUGGAGUUUUAAUCUUUGCUGGCAGUUUUGUCUUUUCAUUUGUGCAUAUGAUCCCUUUGAAGUAUUGCGAUAUACUCCAUAGAGCAAUUCUGCAUUCUGGAAUUUGGCAAAAACUUGAGAAUGAAAGAUCCGUGGUCAUAGUUACCCAUGAGUGGCGAGAAGACGUACUUUGGCCUAGUGGAGUGAUAGUUAAAUGGAACAAGUCCUUGUGGAAAUCUAUGGGUGAUUGUAACUGUAUUACACCUGGAGAUAAGGCCCUUGCUUGGGGCUAUCAAUUAUUUUCUUCGCCCUCUUACCCAUUGACUCUUGCUGCCACUUUUCAGUGCGCGUUGGUAUUUUAUCAGUUCUACAGUGUUUGGUACACGGUUUAUUGGUACCGAAUUUUGGCUUUAGGCAUCAUGACUUUCUUCAACUAUUACUCAUUAUACAAACUGAUUCGCGACUCAAUUGUAAGCCAUUCAAUGUACAAGCGGCGUGAAGAACCAUCUGGGAGCAAAGACGCGCCACCGAACUUAAUCGGGGGCGCUCCCAGCCAAAGCCACAACAGAGCUCAUAAACAUGUGAAAAAUAAGACUGAGGAACACGGUAUGUUGCAGGACGAGCCUCUGUUUGAAUAUGACGCAAUGGACGAAAGAUGACCUUUAGAACCGUUACCGUCCAGAUAUUUUUUGUACGUUAUUAUGCCCACAUUAGGUAUUGUGGCGGCUGCAGUGAUUUACAUUACUCACGACUGGGGAGUUUUCGUUUAAAACGUUUACUUCGCCCUAAUUAUUGUUCAAUUUUCCUACGAACGUACUGACUGUUUAACUUAGGAAUAAGAAUUUGAACUUGUUGUUGAACAAAUGUUUAUCGUGAUUAGAUAGAUAGAUAUGCAGUACCUUAAUUGUCUUUCAGCAUAACCGCUAAUUGAAUAAACAAACUAUUAAGUAUAAAACGGAAAAA